GCCAUUUGCCUCACUUACUCCUGGGGUCUGCGUGAGCAUCUGGCCCCGACCUGGUAAAGGGUCGGUUUUGCCCAGCAGUAAGCCCUACACGUGGACAGAGGACGAACACCGGACGAGCGAACGGAGACCACAUGCAACAAGUGGUGACCCCGACGUGAUCUGUCUGCUGAGGGUGGCUGCCCGGCGUGCCCGUGACGCGGAGAAGAGCCUGUGAGGUGGCGGCAGGUCGCGCACGGAAGACGUACUGCGGUUAAGAGCCUGCGAGGUGGCGGCAGGUCGCAUGCGUAACAAUGGACCAAGUCAUUAAGGUACUUGUGCAGUUUUGUAAGGACUACUGUGGAAAAUCUACUCCUUCCCGGAAGGAGAUCGCGACAGUUUUGUCGCUAUUAAAUGAGCUGGGGGAGCUGGACUCUCCCUGCCACAUUUUGGAUUCGAGUAGGUGGGACUUGCUCACCUCGGCGCUAUGCCAGCGCGCCAUGGCCAGUCAGAAGGCUACGGAACUUAAAACGUGGGGACUGAUGUUAGGAGCCCUUAAGGCGGCCAGGGAAGAGGACAAACUUGGCGCGGUCAUGAGCGGGGAGGGAGCUUCGGGGAGCGGGUCUUUGGAGUUUUGCAGGUCCGGCGCUCAGACCACAGCGAAAAAAAACGGCGACGGAGAGAGAGGAAGAUUGCGAGAAGGACAAAGAAGAGUCGCAGAGGCUCGGGGGGGGUGCAACGACGCCGACGGCCCCUCCUAAUUCUAUUGCGCUGUCGCCGCCCCCGCCCUACCCUAAGCAGCCGUUAUAUCCUUCCUUGGCAACGACAUCGGAGCAGGGGGCGGGACCAUCCCCAAAAGGAAAGGAGGAGGGGAGACUUAAGCUUACUGAUUGGGGGCAGAUCAAAGAGGAAGUGGCACAGAAAGGCCUGGCGGCAACUUAUACACUCCCAGUUGUUGUCUCAGAGGAGGGAGGCCCAGUCUGGGUCCCGUUGGACCCAAAGGGGGUAGCAAGGAUGAUUGAGGCAGUAGAAAAGAAAGGGCUGAAAUCGCCAUUGACGAUGAAUGCCCUUGAGGCCCUCACAGCAUCGGGCCCAAUGCUGCCUUAUGAUAUUGAAAAUUUAAUGCGCAUGGUGUUGAAACCAGUGCAGUAUACGCUCUGGAGAGAGGAGUGGCAUACCAAAUUAAAACAAAUGCUGAUUACGGCGCAGGGUGAUCAAAGAAACCCCAUAUAUGGGUCCGAUAUACAGAGAUUAACGGGCAAUGCACCAGGUCUGCUGACCCCUCAAGCACAAGUUUGUCAACUUAGACCAGGAUAGUUGAUAGCGACUACGGACGCUGCAAUAGACGCGUUCCGAAAGCUUGCAAGGAGUGCUGAGCCCACUACUCCGUGGACAGAGAUCGCGCAAGGCCCCACAGAGCCGUUUCAGGAGUUUGCAGACAGACUAAUUAAGGCAGUGGAAGGCUCGGAUCUGCCCAGAGCAGUUCACGGUCCCGUCAUCCUGGAUUGCUUGUAUCAGAAGUCCAGUGAAGGGGUGCAGGGGAUUUUGCGAGUGGCGCCGGGGAGGCUCCAAACCCCUGGUGAGGCCAUCAAGUAGGUCCUAGAUAAGCAAAAGGCCUGUCCGUCUGUGGCAGGGGAGGUAGCUGCGGCGGUAGCAGGAGUGAUGAUGGCCUGUAGGGAGGCGGACCAUCAUAGUGCGGACCGACAGUUAGGACCUUGCUUUAAAUGUGGUCAGGCGGGCCACAUUAGGGCCCAGUGCAGAAUGGGUGCGGGUGGAAGCGUAACAUGUCAGCAGUGCGGGCGGAGGGGUCAUACAGCACCACAAUGCAGGGCCCGUAGGCCUCCACGCCAGGGAAAUAACAACGGGAGACAGUCCGAGCACGGUGACUUCAUUUUUCGACCUAUGCAGGCCCCUGACCUAAGUUUACCCAUGGCGGCGCUGUCUCUAAGUACCCAUGAGCGCCCUCUGGUGAAAGCCACUAUUUCUUGCACCAACCUCCCGCUGGAUUUUCAAGGCCCUCGAUCUAUCUUUGUCACUGCCCUCAUAGAUUCCGGCGCCGACGUUACUGUGGUCGCGGAAACAGAAUGGCCAUCCUCGUGGCCCGCGGAGGCCUCGCAGUCUAUUUUGGGGGUUGGAGGGGCGACCCCCUCACGCCGGUCUACCAAUGAGGUACAAGCGGUUGUGAUUAACAGGGAUGGCUCCUUAGAGAAACCGGCGUUGCUUACACCAUUGGUGGCGCGUGUCCCCGGAACUCUUCUGGGGCGGGAUUUCUUGCAACAGAUAGGCAUUCCACAGUAUCCUCUGAACACCUUCAAGGGAUACGUCACUAAUGUUACUGCUUGCGAUAACGACGCCGAUUUAGCCAGCCAAACAGCAUGCUUGAUACAGGCUCUAAAUACAACCCUCCCUUGGGACCCCCAAGAAUUGGAUAUUUUAGGGUCCCAGAUGAUCAAGAACGGAACAACACGUACGUGUGUUACCUUUGGUUCGGUGUGCUAUAAAGAGAACAAUCGCAGUAGAGUCUGUCACAAUUUUGAUGGGAAUUUUAAUGGGACUGGUGGGGCAGAAGCAGAAUUGCGUGACUUCAUAGCAAAAUGGAAAAGUGAUGACCUUCUUAUAAGACCCUAUGUCAACCAAUCAUGGACGAUGGUAAGUCCAAUAAAUGUAGAGAGUUUUUCAAUAAGUUGUAGAUAUUGUGGAUUCACCAGUAACGAGACUCGUUACUAUAGAGGGGACCUUUCUAAUUGGUGUGGUUCAAAAAGGGGAAAAUGGUCAGCGGGGUACAGCAACGGGACAAAAUGUUCCAGCAACACAACAGGUUGCGGUGGUAAUUGCACGACGGAAUGGAAUUAUUAUGCAUAUGGGUUUACCUUCGGGAAACAGCCAGAGGUGUUGUGGAACAAUGGGACUGCUAAGGCACUCCCCCCAGGUAUUUUCUUGAUUUGUGGGGACAGGGCUUGGCAAGGCAUCCCGCGUAAUGCCUUGGGAGGGCCCUGUUAUCUAGGACAAUUGACUAUGCUCUCUCCUAACUUUACCACCUGGAUAACAUAUGGGCCGAACAUUACGGGUCACUGCCGUAGCAGGCGCUCGCUGAGUCGUCUCUCGCCUGGCUGCGGUGAUGAGCUACAGCUAUGGAGUGUGACAGCCCGGAUAUUUGCUUCUUUCUUUGCUCCUGGUAUAGCCGCAGCACAGGCCUUAAAGGAGAUCGAACGAUUGGCAUGUUGGUCGGUUAAGCAAGCAAAUUUAACAUCAUUAAUAUUGAAUGCGAUGCUGGAGGAUACGAGCAGCAUCCGGCACGCAGUGUUGCAGAAUUGAGCAGCCAUCGAUUUCUUACUCCUGGCGCAGGGACACAGGUGUCAAGACGUGGAAGGGAUGUGUUGCUUCAAUCUCAGCGAUCACAGUGAGUCCAUUCACAAGGCGCUCCAAGCCAUGAAGGAACAUACAGAGAAGAUACGGGUGGAAGAUGAUCCCAUAAGGGACUGGUUUACGCGCACGUUUGGUGAUCUAGGAAGGUGGCUCGCGAAAGGUGUUAAGACGCUACUGUUUGCCUUGCUUGUCAUAGCCUGUCUAUUAGCUAUCAUUCCAUGUAUAAUCAAGUGCUUUCAGGAUUGUCUAUCGAGAACAAUGAAUCAGUUUAUGGAUGAACACAUAAAAUAUCAUAGAAUUAGGGAGCAGUUGUAGGUUCCGAACGCGAUGUGACGGGAGCUAUCGGCAUAGGGAGGGGGAGAUGUUGUAUGCGUAGCGAGGGAAACGAGGUGUGACGUGUGCAGGUUCCCUAUGCCACCUGUGUGUUAUGCCACCUGUGUGUGCCAAGUGUAGCUUCGUGAUUGGAGGAAACACUUGUAUUUAAACACGUAGCCUAUAGCAAUUAACGCCAUUUGCCUCACUUACUCCUGGGGUCUGCGUGAGCAUCUGGCCCCGACCUGGUAAAGGGUCGGUUUUGCCCAGCAGUAAGCCCUACAUGUGGACAGAGGACGAACACCGGAUGAGCGAACGGAGACCACAUGCAACAGUCUCAAAGGGAAUUCCUAAAGGUUUCUUCAUCUUUAAUGAGAAAAAUGGCCAUGCAGUGCUCUUGAACCAACUUACUUCCAUACCUAGUCAGGUCAAAGCAAAGUUCUGUCUGCACUGUCUUACCUGGAGCCUACUGGAAGACCUUCUUGCUACAGCUACAAGAAGCACUGUGUCCACAGGCUUUCAUUUUGAUGGAGGAAUUCAAACUCCUGGAGUGCAUUCGGAGAAGUUUCCUGGCCUAGCUAUCAGACAAACCAACCAGAGGAGAAGCAUUACCUGACCAGACACUCACCAUACAAAGGAGAUCAUUAAAUAUAUUAAGAGGUACUGUGAGCUGUAGUGAUAGUGCUCUGAUUAUGUUUGUGAUCUCAAGGAAUAUGGGCAUGGCAAAGAACAGAGACAGGACUCCGCACUUCAGAAGAGUGAUAUUCCAGCUGUUUAAGGAAUUACUGGAUGAGAUCCCCUGGGAAGCUGUCCUCGGAGACAGUGGAGCAGAGCAGAGCUGGCAGCUCUAUAAGGACACCUUUCUGACAACAUAAGAGCUCUCUGUCCCUCAGCAUAAGAAAUCAAGAAGAGGAGGGAGGAAACCAGCAAGAUUGAGUGAGGACCUGCUGGUCAAAAUGAGAAAUAAGAAGGAAAUUCACAGUUAAUGGAAUCAGGAAUGAGUGGCCUGGAAAGAAUACAGGAUUCCAUCUAGACAUGAAGAGAUGGGAUCAGGAAAGAUAAGGCACAGAUGGAACUGCAUUUGGUGAGGGAUGGGAAAAAUAAGAUGGUGGAAUAGAACCUCCUGGAAGCUAUCUUAAGACACAUGUGAGGCAAGGUGAUCUGUGACAAAGAACAUGGUCUUGUCAUGGGCAGAUCACACCUGACCGAUCUGGUGGCCCUCUACGAUGGAGUGUUGGCAUCAGUAGAAGAAAGAGGAGAAACUGGUAUCAUCUAACUGGAAUUCAGCAAAGUAUUUGAUACGAUCCCACACACCAUCCUUAUCCCUAAAUUGGGGAGAUAUGGACUUGAAGGCUGGACUAUUCAGUGGAUAAGGAAUUGGUUGUACAGCGUCAGCCAGAGGGUUGGGGUCAAUGGCUUCAGGUGAUGAGUGGUGUCCCCCAGGGGUCUGUCCUGGGACCGGUGCUUUUCAACAUCUUUAUCAACAACCUAGACAGUAGGAUUAAGAACACUCUCAGCAAGUUUGCUAAGCUGAGUGGUGCAGUUCAUAGAACAGAAAUAAGGGUUGCCAUCCAGAGGGACCUGGGCAAGUUUGAAAAAUUUUGAGAAACUCCUUGUAGGAAGUUUAUGCAUGAUAAAUGAUUAUGAUAUCUGAGUUCCAAUUGGGGAACACUGCUGUAUUUGUGAUGACUUGCUAGGAGUGUGUCAUUUUAGAUCUUGGAGACCUGUCUUUUGUAAUGGGAGCCUGCAAAUGCCCCCAACAAAUUCUUGUCACUGGAGCUGAACAGAUCAUCUGCAUAGUGAACUGUUAGUGCAUAAACUGAUGUUUCCAGAUACCUGCGGUAGAUAUCAAUUAAACCACAGAAAUCUAAUUGUACUUUACAAGAGCUGUAGCACUGUACUGACAAUUAAUUUCAAAUACAUUAAUGGACUUAGAGAUAGGUGCCUGUACGACCACGUGGAAAUCCAAGAGCAGUACUACCUUGAAUUCUUUCUCAAAAAUGAGAGUUAUUGUGGCCACGUUGUUCCUUGGGCUGUGACCCUUACAGUGAUCUUACAUUGGUUGAUGGUUGUCUUUCUGAUCUGAGAAAAGAUAAACUAGAUAAAAUUCCUAAACAAAUAAGAGUAGCUUACUUUUGUGUUGGAUUUUACAUGAUACAGAUGUCCUUCUUACAUUCCCUACUUCCUUUUGCUUGUUCCUAACAUGUGCAUAACAAUAUGACAGCCAUAAAUUGUCAUGACACUUAAACAUAAAGCACCAUUUAAGUCCUUUAUCUUAUCUGCUACUUGGUUCAGGUAAAUAAGAAUAAUUAAUGGCAGCUACACUACCUAUAAUCGUUGUUAUGGCUCUGAAUUAGCUGAUUUUCUGUUCCAGAACCCCAGGGUGAGAGGCAGAAUGCUGGGGAGCAUGAGGGAGAACUUACCGAGUGUCAGCUGAGAUUCUGUGUAUGGAAAUGGAUGUUAGUGAAGGUUAGGACCUAGGACUAGGACAAGGACUGCUAUCGCUACUGCUUUAUUUCUUGUAGUCUGCAGUGCAGAAACAGUGAGCAAUCUGAAAGACUGACUGGCAGUGAGAAUCAUAGGGAAGAGGAAAAAAAGGGACAAGGAACAUAUAAUGCUCCAACCCUCCUCCCCACCUCCAAGUUAAUUCAGUGUGGGCUUUUCUUGAUCAAAGUUCCUACCCCACAAUAUAUUGUAAUUUAUGUGUGUCUGAGGCGUACAGUAAUGCUGAGCUAAUGUGGUUUUGUACUUAAGUAAACAUGUUUUCAGAGUUGCUAAUGCAUGACAGAAAGUGCUGGAUCGAAGUCUUUCCUGAAUUAGAAGAAAGAAAAACAGCUAUUAUAAAAGGAGAAGUGUGCCUGACUGAGUAAUGCUGUAUCAGAAAGUCUGCAAACAAGUAUCUUAGUCUUUGAUAAGGAUCUAUUUUUAUUAAUUCCUGGGCUGAAAACCAAAUAUCCCUUUUUAACCUGGGAUGUUCUGUAGAGCACACAGCUAGUGCUUUUCAAAUUUUUAUCCUGUUUCGUAAGGGUGGUAAAAGACAAUCCAUUUCAGGCUUUAGGAAUGUAAGACACAAACAUCCCAAAUAGGUUUUUAAUUAAACAUAUAUUACCUUAGUUCAUGAUAAAAGAGUAAACAGUGAUAUGUACUGUUAUGGGUAGGAUAUAAAUCAAAUACAACUACUAUAUUUCCAUAUCUAGUGGAGUCUCAGCAUUUUUUUAAUCUGUUUAUCAUGCAACUGAUUAAUAUAUCAUUAAACAAAAAAGGCAUGUUA